UUUGCGGAUUACCAGCCCGUUCCUACGCCAGCCAGGGCCCGUCCUGCACCCGGAUCUCAUGGACUGCUUCUGGACGAGCGUUUUGUCCGCCUUGGUGGUGGCAGACGUUGUUGGCCUUCAGUGCUACUCUUGUCAUGAUAACAGCGACUGCCAGGAAACAGAGGUAUGUGAAGAGCAUCAAGAGAAGUGCAGCACCACCGUCAUGACCAUAGUAGCUCGACCUAAGAUCUCCACGUACCUCCUCAAGGGCUGUGACGUGAGUGGAAAGCCCAAUAAUUCCCUCUCACACCUUUCCAGUGAUCGGGUGGUAUUUUUGGCAGAGGAACAUUGUGAGACCGAGCUGUGCAACAGUGGUGUACCCAGGAAAGCACCCAAUGUGGGAGAUAUGCUCCGUGUGCGAGGCCGUAAUGAAAACAUCCUGAGUUGCUAUUCCUGUACAACUGCUGAUAAGACUUGCAACAGCUCCAGUCUCCCAUACAUGCGUUGCUUCUGGCCCCAGGAAAAGUGUGUGGACAUCACCUCCUUUACUAUUCCAGAAGAAUUCCCCAGGGAUCAGGAACGUAUCAAGGGCUGUGGCCAGCUUUCCCACUGCCAGGAGGCCCUGGGCUUUCACAACCACAAGAGUUUCUACAUGAUCAAGUGUUGUAACUCCAGUUGGUGUAACAAUGAUGUGCAAGAUUACAAGAAGGCUCCCUUGCCCUUGAAUGGGGUCACAUGCUACAGCUGUGAAGGAAACAGUACCCACGGUUGUGCCACAGAUAACGUCACAAAGGUGCAAUGCCGAGGCCCCAUGACUAACUGCCUAGAAGCCUCAGGAGUCCACGGCAUCUCUGGGAAGAAUUCAGUCCUCAAAGGUUGUGCUUCUCCAUCUUGGUGCAACAGUCCCUAUACCUCCGUCUACAAGAACCUGGGUAGCGUAGAAACCCACUGCUGUGCUGGUGAUCUGUGCAACAGCUUGAUCAUCGAUGGACAGCUAAAACCAUUGCCAAGGAGCCAAGCCAGCCACCUCAUCCUGACUCAACAAACUGUUCUUUCAACCGGUCUCCUGCUGUUUGUGGUGUUUCUCCUCUCUUCGGAAAGCUCCUGAUCUCCAAGAGGAAGACAGAGGCUUAAUCCAGAUCUGGACCAACUAGGACUUAGAACUGUGACCUUUUCUACUCUCCCCCAAUAUUUAAUGCAGCUGUGAAUAAAUAUGUGAUUACUGCUGGAGAGCCUCUGAUUAUGCAGAAUGCAGGACUCACACCAUUAAAGAGAAAACCCAUCCCUAAAAAGGCAGGGGUGAAGGGACCAGGUUAGGGACCAAAGAGCCUCUGAACCUUCCCCCCACUUUCUUUUUAACAUGGUCAUUAUCCAAGCUAUCCAUGCUUACUUGAGAGUAAGUUUUGUUGACUAAAUAAGAAGACAGGCUUCCAGACCAAUAUGGAUAGCGUGGUAGGAAUUAAAUUAUGUGUUGUGAAAGAAGGCUGGUGGCUAAGAAGGGUCAUGCUUUGUGAAACCUUGGAUUUCUGCUCAACAGGUGGAAUGUAAGUAAAGGCUGCUGAAUUAUUACAAAGGUGCUGGACACCCAUCCUGUGGUGAAAAUCCUUUUUUUUUUCUUUUUUAUAGCCCACUGAAUAGAACACCAUGAAAUUUCCCAUUCCUAUUAUUUAUACCUUAUUGAUGGUAUGGACUCUUUUUAGCUGUUUCAACCAAUGAAGAUUUAUCCCUGUAGCCUUUUAAAAUCUGGAUGGGGCACUCAAGAAGCACCCCUUCCUUGCCUACAAAGUUUGACCAGUUGUUGAUAUAGGGAAGUUAUGCAAGAAGCAGCUAAUUUCCUCUUUCAGAAGUUUUUUAGCAGAAUGAAAUGGUUGCUUCCUGUUUUAUUGUUUUAUGUAUCUAUUUA